AUGGAAACACAUACGGCUACACUAUUUCUUUUAUCGGUAUUUCUUUUCUUCUUUACACUUUUAUUUUCUUUUUCCUACCGGUUUUUCAAAAAUCUACAGAUAUCCUCGUAUUCCAAAUGCUUUGCAGGUGGUAUCAUACUCAGCACGCUCAUAUUCCACAUAUUUCCGGAUGUAUACCAAAGUAACUGCGGGUAUCUUGGGCAGCUGUUCAGCGGAAUCAGCUUCCUGAUCUUAUUUUCUAUCGACAAGCUGUAUUUGUACGUUAACGAUAAUGAGAAUGACUCUCUUCCGAAGAAUGUAUCCAAGGCACAAGCAUUUAUCUUUAUAAUUGCGCUCAGCUUGCAUAGCUUCAUGGAAGGAUUAGGUAUACCAGCGAAGGAAGGCAAAAGUCUGGUGUGGUAUUCAUUAGGAUUACUCGGGCACAAAUGGAUUGAGGCGUUUGCACUGAGCGUGUCGGUGCAUACAUCGGGAUUUGAAAUGAGAAUAGUUUAUGCUCUUCUGACGUUCUAUUCGUUCUUAACGCCCUUUGGCACUUUGAUAGGUAUGGCCUUGAUAAAAGUGCUAGAAAAUAAUAAAUAUUUCGAUAAUCUGACGAGUAUUCUGAACGGUAUUUCCUGCGGUUCAUUUUUCUACAUCGAAUUCAUUGAAAUGCUCAACUCGGAAUUCGAUAAACAAGGUAUGAUCGCAAAGAAGAAGAAUAGGAAAAAAGUGCUGGCAAUAUUUGUAGGAUUUGUUCUGAUGACGUUGGCUGCACUAGGUUUUCACUGGGCUGAAUCUAAAUAAAGCUUGCCU